GUGGACGUCAUCAAAUUUCCAAAUAAGGAAAUCUUAUCUGUCGGUUUCCGUAAAUUGUCAAUGGUCGAGUGAUUUUCUAUUACAAAUUCAGUUUUAAUUAUAUCCAGAUAUAUGCAUUGCCAAAAAUAUUAAUUAGAACUUGUUUCAUUAGUGGAUACUUGUAGUUAUGUGUUAGGAAGAUUGUAUUUGAAGCCCAGUAUUAAAUAGUAUUACAAUGUCUUAUUCUAACAAAUAUAUUUAUGCAACACUGCCAAGAACUCAGAGAGGUCAACCACUUGUUUUGGGUGGAGACCCGAAAGGCAAAAACUUUUUGUACACUAAUGGAAAUUCAGUAAUUAUUAGAAAUAUCGAGAAUCCAGCUAUUGCCGAUGUCUACACUGAGCAUUCAUGUGCUGUCAAUGUUGCUAAAUAUUCUCCUAGUGGAUUCUACAUUGCUUCAGGAGAUAUAUCAGGCAAAGUACGUAUUUGGGAUACUGUUAAUAAAGAACAUAUUUUGAAAAAUGAAUUCCAUCCCAUUGGUGGCCCUAUUAAAGACAUUGCUUGGUCACCAGACAGCCAAAGGAUGGUUGUUGUAGGAGAAGGUCGUGAAAGAUUUGGUCAUGUUUUCAUGGCUGAAACCGGUACAUCGGUGGGAGAAAUUAGUGGUCAGUCCAAACCAAUCAAUUCAUGUGAUUUCCGUCCAGCUAGACCUUUUAGAAUUAUCACCGGCAGUGAAGAUAAUACCAUUGCUGUAUUCGAGGGACCACCAUUUAAGUUCAAGAAGACUAAACAGGAGCAUGGCAGAUUCGUCCAGGCUGUGAAAUAUUCCCCCAAUGGAAGUCACUUUGCCUCAGCUGGUUUUGAUGGUAAAGUCUUCCUUUACGAUGGGGCUACUGCUGAUCUCAUUUCUGAAGUAGGAAGCCCUGCACACAAAGGCGGUGUUUAUGGGGUUGCUUGGAAACCUGAUGGAAAACAACUGUUGACUUGUUCAGGAGAUAAAACUUGCAAACUUUGGGAUGUUGAAACAAAAACUAUGAUAAGCGAGUUUGUCAUGGGAAACACAGUUGAUGACCAGCAAGUUUCUUGCUUAUGGCAAGGAGAUUAUUUGCUAUCAGUUUCCUUGAGUGGUUUUAUUAAUUAUCUUAAUGUUAAUGAUCCAUCCAAGCCUUUGAGAAUUGUUAAAGGACAUAAUAAACCUAUAACCGUUCUGGCUUUGAGUGAAGAUCGAAGUUUCAUCUACACAGGCAGUCAUGAUGGUUUCAUAACAAACUGGCAAGCUGGUAGCGGUGAAAAUGAUAGAGUUGAAGGUGUUGGUCAUGGUAACCAAGUAAACGGCAUGAUAGCCUCAGGUGACCACUUAUACACCUGUGGUAUUGAUGACACUUUAAAAAUCAUCAACAAAGAAUCCAAUUCUUACACAAAUAUUAAUGUUAAAUUGAAAUCCCAACCCAGAGGCAUUGCCCAGUUAGAAGACUCCAUUAUCGCAGCAAGUGUAAAAGACAUUACAAUCGUCCAGAACAACUCUGUUGUUUACAGUUUGGAUGUCAAUUUUGAACCCACUUGCAUUGCGGCAAAUAAAGAAACAAAAGAAGUUGCCGUGGGUGGAAGUUCUGAUUUUAAAGUACAUGUCUAUUCUUUGUCAGGAAAAAGUUUGACACCGCAAGUUGAAUUGGAUCAUUUAGGGGCUGUGACUGAUGUGGCUUAUUCUCCGGAUUUGAAGUAUCUGGUGGCAAGCGAUGCUAACAGAAAAGUUAUUUUAUACAGUCUUCCAGAAUAUAAGCUUGCUCACAACAAAGAAUGGGGCUUCCACAAUGCUCGUGUCAAUUGUGUAGCAUGGUCUCCAAAUUCUCUGAUGGUUGCCAGCGGCAGUUUGGACACAACUAUUAUUAUCUGGUCUGUUACUCAGCCGAAUAAGCAUACAAUAAUGAAAAAUGCCCAUCCUCAAAGCCAAAUCACUCGAUUAGUUUGGCUGGACAACGAGACUCUGAUUUCUGUUGGUCAAGACUGCAAUACAAAAAUUUGGAGCAUCGAAGCAAUCUAAGAAAUCCCCCAUCGUACUGAUACUGAUAUAAGAGCUUGUAACUUUUGCUGAACAAAUGCGUUGUUUACUUAAGCUAAUAAUUUUACAAAUAUUUUUGUAUGAAUUUUUUGAUAUACGUUUCUAAUCUAUAAUUAGAUACAAAAAAUGAUGGAUGCAGUUUUUGAGAUAUUUUAACCUUAUUUUAUAUAUUUAUACGUACUUGCAGCAUUGCAUUGGUUGUACUAUUGAGACUUUUGUGCUUUUUGAUAUAUUUGAGAUAUACAUAAUUAUUUAUCAUGAGAUGUAAUUAUUUAUAAUGGAA